AUGUCGCAGACGAGUCUGCUCGACCCUCAAGAGGUGCUACAUGCUCUCAACGACCUCUACGUCAGCAAGCUACUCGCUGGGGCUGCCGCGACCCUUUCCAUCUAUGACUGGGUAUUAGUCUUCGCGGACGAAUACGCUACGAUAUAUCAGUCUCGAUGGACUCUACCCAAGAUUCUCUUCGUCUUUAUUCGUGUCGUUACUCCUCCUGGUCUCGUCUUUGGCGCCUUUCAGCUAUCAGACUUGAGACCAGCUCUGAGUGCCAGCGCUUCUAGCUGUCGAGCAUGGGCCGUAAUCAACACCUUUGGAAUGCUGUCGUCCCUUGUUGCUGCAAAUGGGCUCCUUGCUCUUCGUCUCACCGCUCUCUAUGGUAGAAAGCGGAAAAUGGUCUGGUUCAUCAACACAUUCUUCAUUGCCAGCUAUGCUGCAACCUUUGGACUGUUGAUCGCUGCUUUGGCCACCUAUCAUUCGUCCAUCUUUUACUCCGACUUGCUUGGGGUCUGUGCCUCGCUCGGGAAAUCUGCAACGAUGCCAGCAAUCUUCUACGCGCCAUCCUUGUUUGAACUGUUCGUAUUUGUCAUGACCGCCUAUCGCGCGUACCAAGACGCAAAGGUUUUGGCGGGUCCGUCGAGCGCACCGUUUCUCAUCGUUCUCUACCGAGACGGGUUCUUGAGCUUCUGCGUAAUGUUUGCGUUGCGGAUAUGGAACAUUUGGAUCUAUCUCACGCAGCCACUCAGCAGCUUCAACUUGGGCACUCCACUGAUGUGGGCCAUCAACACUGUCUUGACGACCCGAGUAUAUAUGAACCUCGUGUACUUAUCCAGGAAGCCAGUCGUCACCAAUUCGACACAAAAGGAGUUUGUCUCACCGACGACACAUACUAACGGGGCCGGGAUCGCGAUGAAAGUGCAUACAUUUACCGAAGUGCGCGUUCAAGAGGACGACUAUACUGCUCCAACUGGUCGUGGUCCGACGAACGGGGACAACAGACUCAGUCGCGGGGGUGCAGUCACCUUUGAGAUACCGCCAUCUUCUCAGGGCCAAUACGCAUUUGACGGUGGUUUCAAUGGAUAUGGGGCCCAAAAGGAGCGGUCGGUCGCAUUUACGCCGUACAAGGCCAGCAGAAUCGACCCGAGCAUGCUUCAUGCACGCGAAGGAGACAAGAAGAGUCCAACUGACUCUGAGCAGUCGCUUUCGAACCCAACAAAGUCACCUGUCUAG